UUCAACAUCAAAAAUGGCGAAAGAUCACAUCUCUUCUUUACUGGCUGCAGUUUUGACCAUGUUCUAUACCAUUUCUUUAGCAACUGCAGCAAGAUACAGCGUGCUGAAUUAUGGGGCUAUGUCUGAUGGAAGAACUGACUCAACCAAAGCCUUUCUUGCUGCUUGGACACAAGCUUGUGGAUCAACUAAGCCAACCACCUUGUAUGUGCCACGAGGGAAGUUCCUUCUGCGAAACGUAGUGUUUAACGGUCCAUGCAAGAACAAUGCAAUCUUAGUUUUCAUAGCUGGUACCCUUGUGGCUCCUUCAGAUUAUCGAGUUAUUGGUAAUGCAGAAAACUGGAUUUCCUUUCAGUACGUCAAUGGUGUUACAGUUUCAGGUGGAGUUCUCGAUGGGCAAGGUCCUGGUUUAUGGGCUUGCAAGAACUCCGGCAAGAACUGCCCCGGUGGUGCCACGUCGCUGCGGUUUUCCAAUUCAGAUAACAUAGUGGUCAGUGGAUUAACAUCACUGAAUAGCCAAUUGUACCACGUUGUCUUCAAUGGCUGCAACAACGUGAAAGUGCAAGGUGUGACGUUGUCUGCAUCCGGCAACAGCCCCAACACCGAUGGGAUUCAUGUACAAUUAUCAAGUGGGGUUACAAUCCUUAACUCCAGGAUUAGAACUGGUGAUGAUUGUGUCUCAAUCGGCGCCGGAACUGCUAACUUGCGGAUUGAAAACGUAGCUUGUGGCCCUGGCCAUGGAAUCAGUAUUGGGAGCUUGGGAAAGGAUCUUCAAGAGCCUGGUGUAGAGAAUGUGACAGUUAAAACCGUUACAAUUACAGGUACACAGAAUGGGUUGAGAAUCAAGACUUGGGGGAGACCUAGCAGUGGGUUCGUGAGGAACGUACUUUUCCAACAUGUCAUCAUGAACAAUGUUCAGAAUCCCAUCGUCAUUGAUCAAAAUUAUUGUCCGGAUAACGAAAAUUGUCCUGGUCAGGAUUCUGGAGUUAAAAUUAGUGACGUGACAUAUCAAGACGUACAUGGAACAUCAGCAACUAAAGUAGCAGUGAGAUUUGAUUGCAGUAAGAAGAAGCCAUGCACUGGAAUCAAAAUGGAAGAUGUGAAGCUGACUUACAAGAAUCUGCCAGCUGAUGCAUCUUGUAAGAAUGCAGAUGGAACAGCUUUUGGUGUCAUUCAGCCCUCCAGUUGUCUGUAAAUAUACAAGAAAGUAGAAGUUAAAGAUUUAUGGGCUUAUGGCCAGGACCAUGCUUGAUAUUGCGCUUGAGCUUCCCGAUAUUCCCAGCAUAUUCGAUUAUUUGGAGAGGCCAGAUUGCAAUUACCGUGAAAAUGGAAAUUCUUUGUUUUAAUGAUCACAUUAUUAACUGUUUUGCU